CUGUAAUACGCAGAAACACAAAAGUCAAACUUUUAAGUUUACGUGUUUGUUGAUGGAUUGUCACUUUACACACGGUUCCUAAGCGGAAGGGCGCUCCCCGUGUGCGCUGGUGCUGAUGCAGACAGACAGAAGCAUCUAACCGGACAUAAAACACAGGAGGUGUUUGAAAGUGUUCGCAGUUAUGGGCAACGUUUUUCCGGAACAGCAAUCUGCAUUCCCUAUCGAUAUAUUCAUAUAGCCUGUUACAUGGCCAGGAGAAGGCUAAGAUUUCCCCUGCUUUACACACACUUAACCGAUGGGAGUAGCUGAUGAAAAGAAAUCUUCCUGAGGCACUUGUAAUAAUAACAACACUGAUAUGAAUGCAAAUAUUUCUCCUUAACUGAGAUGUUCAUGAUGCUUUGACGGUUUGAAGGGCUUCCUGAGACCCACGCCACUGCCAUGGCGGUGCGCUCUGACCUGUGGGGUACGGCUCAGCCAGCGUUUGAGUCCUGGCCUGCAGGCAGUGGCAGUCCUGUGGAGGAGCUGGACGUUAGGAGUUUUCUGAGCUCACUGAUGGAGGAGAACAGCACAGCAGAGAGAUGUUAUCGCUCUCACUCCCGCAGUAGCGUCCUGCAGGGCCUACCCUUUGGAGGAGUCCCCACCGUUCUCACCAUCAACGUUGUUCUGUGGCUGUUCCUGCUUCUGAUCUUCUCCUGUUUGAGAAAAGCAGCAUGGGACUACGGCCGCCUGGCUCUGCUUAUGGAAAAUGACAGCUUGACAUCACUAUUCUAUGGAGAACAAAGUGAGAAAGAGAAAACCCCAUCAGAAUCCAGCCCGUCAGACUCCGAGACCAAGGACAUGGGCUUCUGUUCCUGGCUCACAUCUCUGUACCACAUGAAGGAUGAAGAGAUCCGCAGUAAAUGUGGCAUUGAUGCGAUCACGUACCUGUCUUUCCAGCGUCACAUCAUCCUGCUCAUGACGGUGGUGUGUUUGCUGUCGCUCACCAUCAUCUUGCCUGUCAACCUCUCUGGGAACCUCCUCGGAGAUAGCCCGCAGAAUUUUGGCCGGACAACAGUGGUUAAUGUACCCGCACAGAACACAUUUUUGUGGCUGCACAGCAUCUUUGCUCUGCUGUAUUUUGUGAUAACAGUACUGUGCAUGGCCCAUCAUUCAUCACGACUGGAAUACAGAGAGGAUGAGAAGGUGGCCAGAACCCUAAUGAUAACUUCAAUUCCCAGAGAAAUCUCUGAUCCCGGCCUGAUCACCAAACACCUGCAUGAAGCCUACCCCAGCUGCACUGUCACAGACAUCCGCUUCUGCUUUGACGUACAAAAACUAAUGAAGCUGGACUUAGAAAGGAGAAAAGCUAUGAAAGGAAGGCUGUACUUCACAACCAAAUCUCAGAAGGAUGGCAGGAUCAUGAUAAAGACUCACCCUUGUGCACAGAUCUUCUGCUGUGAUAUAUGUGGCUUUGAACAGGUUGACGCAGAGCAGUAUUACAGUGAACUGGAGGAGAAACUGACAGAUGAGUUUAAUGCAGAGAAGAACCGUAUCUCCAUGAAGAGACUGGGCAUUGCCUUUGUUACCUUCAGAGAUGAGAGAAUGACUGCAGUUAUUGUGAAAGACUACAGUCGAGCUCGUUGCCGCCACAGACCCCAGCAGUCCAGCAUUACCACAGUGGUGCGGUCCCAUCAGUGGGGUGUUUCUUAUGCCCCGGCCCCUAAUGACAUCAUCUGGGAAAAUCUGUCAGUGUGUGGUUCUCGCUGGUGGCUCCGCUGCGUCCUGCUCAACAUUCUGCUCUUCCUCUUGCUCUUCUUUCUCACAACCCCUGCUAUCAUCGUAAACACUAUGGACAAGUUCAACGUCACUCGGCCGGUUGAAAGCUUAAGGAACCCAGUAAUUACCCAGUUCUUCCCCACCCUGCUCCUGUGGGCCUUUUCCAUUCUCCUGCCCUUCAUUGUGUACUAUUCAUCUUUCUUUGAGUACCACUGGACCAGAUCCGGUGAGAAUCAGGUCACCAUGCACAAAUGCUUUUUACUGCUUGUCUUCAUGGUAAUCAUUCUGCCAUCACUGGGUCUAUCCAGCUUGGAUUUGUUCUUCAGGUGGCUCUUUGACAUCCACUUCCUGGAUGAAACUGAUGUAAAGUUUCAAUGUGUGUUUUUGCCUGAUAACGGAGCUUUUUUUGUGAAUUAUGUGGUCACGUCCAGUCUGAUCGGAACGGCCAUGGAGCUUCUGCGUAUUCCUGCUCUACUGGUGUACUCUCUUCGCCUUUGCUUUGCCAAAUCUAAAGCUGAGCGCAUCCAUGUUAAACGGAGUCAGGCGUAUGAGUUUCAGUUUGGUCUUGAGUAUGCCUGGACCAUGUGCAUAUUUUCAGUCAGUAUGACCUACAGCAUCACCUGCCCCAUCAUUGUACCUUUUGGGUUGCUGUACCUUGUGCUGAAGCAUUUGGUAGAUCGCUAUAAUAUCUACUAUGCCUAUUUACCCACAAAGCUCAGCCAGCGGAUCCAUUCGGCCGCCAUCAGUCAAGUGGUGGUGGCGCCUAUUCUCUGCAUGUUCUGGCUGCUGUUCUUCUCUGUGCUCAGACUGGGUCCAGUGCAGCCCAUCACUCUGUUCACUUUCAUAACUCUCCUGUGCUGUAUUGCCUUCUCCUGCUUUGGCUUCUGUCUGAAAAAACUACGACCUGACAGAUCAACAAGCUAUCAGAUGUCCGAUCAGACGACAGAAGGAGGCUUCACUGAUGCGGAAAGAAGCACCGUUUCCACCACGACCACAGCUAAUCUUUUUAUAGCCUCCGUCUUGCUGGAGCCAGAGCUGGGCCUGACUCCCAUGCCCUCUCCGGCCCACCAGAGCUACGGCACCAUGGGGAACAGCCAGAGUUCAGUGCGUGACGCCGAAGGUGUGGAAGAGAAGGAUCUGGAGGAAACUUUGGAGACUGAACUCAAGGAUGACCCGGAUCCCAGCUGCCCAAGCCCUCUCAUGGACAGUCCUGUGGGUUUCCAGUGACCAACCUUUCCCACUCCUAACGCUCAAGCCCCAUGCCUCAUCUUAGCUAGUGGCUGAUAAAGAGGCACUAUGCUGCAAAAUUAUUCCUCUACAGCCUCCAUCUACGAGUAAAAGACAACAAAUUGCGGCCAUCCAAGCAAACUGCUUUAAAAAGCUUGUUGGGAAUUCACUGACAUGGCGGUUUUAGUUCUGAGGACUUUGAUGAGCUUUCAAAGAAGUCUCUGAAGUGGAUAAAAGCAAAGAUCUGUCAGCGAAUGAGACCAGCCACUUCUCUUGCUCGGACUACGCUUUCUACUUUCUUCUGUAUUUUUCUUUUUUCUCUAAUGACGUUAAUGUGUGUCUGGCAGUUUGGUUGACUGAAGCUUGGAACACUGUAUUUUGACAGAUUUUUCAAUGUACUUUUUUAUGCAUAGUCACAUUGUAUAGCUCCAAAGAGUUCAGACAUCCAAAUCUAAUUUGCUUAUUAUUACUCCUUUUGCUGUUGUUGCUGUUUGUGCUUAUUAUUGUUAUUUUUAUUCAGUACUUGUAUUUUAGCAAUGGUACAUAAUUGUGCAACAUUAUGCUGAGAGGCUGUUGUUUUCAUGUGUUUACUAUUAUUAGAUUAUUAUUACUGUUAUUAACACCCUCAACCUUUAUUGCAGUGUGCGCCAGUCAAUCGCUCCCGGUUAUUGUUUGUUUUGCAGCGACAAUAGCAGUUGUGUUGUGCAAACUGCUGUCAAUUGGCACUACAGUAGAUUUCAAAGUCAAUGAGGCACUUGUUCCAUAAUUUGUUUGCUUUUUUCUUUCCUGUGAAGUUCAAUCAGUUGUUUGGUCUGUGGAAGAGAUGUGAGAGGACAUUCAAAAGCGAAGCUUUUCACUAAUAUACAUUCUAAGUUAGCAGACUCCACUUAAUGAACUGAAAAAAAUAUGUGCAAAAACAAUCAGUUUGUAGGGGAAAAAAAACAACAAACAAAAAGAACUGUUAAAGGAAUGAUUAAAAAUACUUAAGCUCUAUUGGCAGCAUAAAUUUGACUCCCUCAGUUUCUACAGUAACGCACUUACAAUAUAGACUGUUUAGCAUUCCAGAUGGUUUAAAGCUCUAAAAAAUCAUUUAUAUUAAAGCUCCAGGCAAAAUAAACAGAUGAGGGAGCACUCGCUCCUAAAAUUAAACACUGUUUUUUAGUCUUUUUUGGCCAACAAAUUAUGUAAUUGCUGUAUGGUUGUUCAGAAUCAGUCAAGUCACUGAGUUCAUUCCUACUUCAGCAUUAAAUAUCACUACUGUGAGGAAGGGAUGUUUCAGUAGAUUUCAGCGAGUGUAGUUAUAUAAACUAUAAUUUGUUUUAUUAGUUGUAUUUAGUACAAAUAUGUUUCAGUUGAACUCUGUUUGUACCAGAAAUAUUACUUUAAAAAUGACUCACGGUUCAGCGAGAAAAUUAGAGUUGGUAUUGGAAAUCAACUUAACAGCGGCUCCGAACAAGUUUAGGAGUCUGAUUCAAAUAGCUAAUUCAUGAGCGAACCCGAAGCUGUCACGUGAAUCUUUUUGACUUAAAGAACCGAUUCGAAAGAGUAAUUUUGUUGCGAAUCGGACAUUGCGCUCGGUGUUGCGUGUUGCGUCACGUACAUGAAAUAUUAGCGCGCAUUCUGAGGUGAUGAUUUGACAAAACCGCAUUUGAGCGCGAAGGCUUUCACAACUUGAUUUUACAUUGUUACGCAUUUUAGUCACAAUCUAAAGUCUAGUAUAUUAAUAUAAACGUGUGUUGUUUUAACUGUAAGUCAUUUUAGGUGUACAUGAUCCAAAAGUUGAAACAUUCAGAUCUAAGUUUGAUCAGACAAGGUAAGGGUUUUUUUCAUAAUAAUUUCAUGAUAACAUAUGUUUACAUUUUGUGGUUUUAGAAUCGAAACAUCUUGUAUUUUAACAAAUAUUUCAGUCCAAUACACCCAUAUUUUAAGUGUAUUACUGUAAGCACAGUUUUUGUUUAUUUUUACAAACUAAGGGAUGAGUUGAAGCCUAUAACUGCAGACAGAGCUUGUACUGAAAUCAGAGCAUUCCUUUAAGAAUCAUCAAAUCCAAGAAAUAUGUCAAAUGAUUUACAGGAUUGUUAUGACAGAAACUGAACAUGGCACAUUGGUUAAUCCUGCUACACAAGUCUUCAACUGCAUGUUGUUUUAACUCUGCCACAUGCUCAAACCAGCCUGCAGCUCUCUUUAGAUCUGUCAA